AUGACAUUUGGGGCGUGGAGGAACGUGAGAACGCUUCUUGAUCGAGAUGGCAACGCCUACCCUGAACGCAAGACCGCCAUAGUAGCUCGGGAACUUCAUCGCUACCACGUAGAUGUGGCUGCUCUCAGCGAAACACAUCUUGCCGAUGAAGGAGAGCUGGUGGAAGUAGGUGCUGGUUAUAUUUUCUUCUGGAAAGGUACCGCUGCCUCUGAAACGCGACAUUCAGGUGUAGGAUUUGCCAUCAAGAAUCACUUAGUAAAGCGAUUAGAGGAGUACCCUGUACAUAUCUCGGACCGCAUUACCACACUGCGAGUUCACCUGGAUAAAGACAAUUACCUUAAUGUCAUCAGUGUAUAUGCUCCAACGCUUGACAAGUCUGAUGACAUUAAGGACAAAUUCUAUGGGGAAGUGACUCUUUGCCUUGACAGCAUAAACGCCAGAGAGCAGGUACUAUUGCUGGGCGACUUCAAUGCCAGGGUCGGUCGGGACUAUGAGGCUUGGCCUGGAAUUCUGGGUAGACACGGAGUCGGCAACAUUAACAGCAAUGGUCAGUUGCUGCUCAGUCUUUGUGCUCAAUACGGUCUAGCAAUUACGAACACUAUGUUUAGACUUGCCGCUAAGUACAAGACAACAUGGAUGCACCCAAGAUCCAAGCACUGGCAUUUGAUCGACUAUGCUAUCGUAAGGCAAAGAGAUUUCAGCCAAGUGCAGAUCACCCGUGUUAUGCGUGGUGCACACUGCUGGUCUGACCACCGACUUAUUGUCACUAAGCUACGACUCCGCUUCCGCCGCCCGCGUAGAUCUCCUAUGAAAAAGCUUGCGUCUUUGGACAUAGACAAGCUAAGAGAUCCUGAGGUGAGGAAGAACUAUGCUGAAGUUUUGUCUAAGAAGCUGUUGCCAGUUAAUGAGACAGGUGAUGUUGAUGCUGACUGGGGAGCUUUAUCAUCUCAUAUCAUGGAUACCGCUUCAAUUGCACUGGGUAGGAAAUGCCGUCGUAAUGAAGACUGGUUUGAUGGAAAUGAUGAAGUUUUGCGGGCGGCACUCGACAAACACCGUGAUCUCUUGCGACAGCACAGAAGGCGUAAAGGAAGCGUUGCGGCGGUCAAAGCUAGUGACUUCGAAUUGCGCAAGCUAUCUCGACAAAUAAAAGACAAGUGGUUGCAGGACAAAGCUAUUCAUAUGCAAUGGCUCACUGACACAAACCAGCUCGGUGAGUUCUAUAGCGAGGUGCGCAAGCUGAUGGGAGAGCUGAUCAAGUACGGUGGAGAGGAUUUGCACACGUUGGUUUGGGAACUGUUUGUUCGUAUGUGGGAGGAAGAGCGCGUUCCGGAUAGCUUUAAAGUAUCGCGCAUAACUGCUCUCUAUAAGAACAGGGGCGACCGAUCUGACUGCGACUCCUACCGCGGUAUUUCGCUCCUAUCGGCCCCGGGAAAGGUCUUUGCUAGGGUACUCUUAAACCGCCUAAAGGACUUAUCUGAAAAGAUCCUGCCCGAAACUCAGUUUGACUUCCGAUCGGAUCGAGGCACAUGCGAAGCGAUCUUCUCUGUGCGUCAACUACAAGAAAAGAGCAGAGAACAGGGUCGUCAGCUGUACCUCUGUUUUGUUGACCUGGAGAAGGCUUUUGACAGCGUGCCUCGCGAAGCCUUGUGGCUGGUGUUACGGAAACUCGGAUGCACGGAAAAUUUUGUGGCGCUUCUUAGACUCCUGCAUGACGACAUGCAAUGCUGCGUCACUGUAGAUGGUGAACAGUAA